CUUCAUCUCCACUUGCAGACACACAUAUAUCCUAUUUUUCUGCUUCUUGAAAGCAAAUAGAAAUUUUGAGCUUUUACUUUUUUCUGGUUUAGUAUAGUAGUCAUCAUAAUAAGUUGGGUAGCAAGAUCAUGGACAACGUCCUGGAAAUUGGGUUCAGAUUCCUCCCACCAGAUGAAGAGAUCAUCAGUUUCUUUCUGAAGAAAAAGAUGAUGGGUGAUCAUAAAACCACCCGCUAUAUCAGAGAGGUCGACCUCCUGAAGCAUGAGCCCUGGCAAUUACCUGCCAUGUCUGUAGUACAGUCCACCUAUCCAGAAUGGUUUUUCUUCUAUAAACUCAGCAAGAUUUCCCAGAGAAAAAACGAUCGUUCUACCAACGAUGGGUAUUGGAAAUCAACGGGUGCGGAUCGUCCCAUCACUUGUGGAGAUAGUCUGAUUGGUACCAAGAAGACUUUGGUUUUCUAUAAAGGCCGUACCCCUAAUGGGCUCAGAACCGAUUGGGUCAUGCAUGAGUUCCGCGCCACUGCCGACUCCCUUCCCCCUAAUGCGGAUAACAGUUAUGUGGUCGGCUACUUAAGGGGCAAUGCUGCUGAGAAAAAUGAAUACUUGAUUUCGAAUGUUUAUCAGCAAUGUACACGUUUUGCAGCUUCUAGUUCCCAAGAUAAUGCCGUUGGGGCUACGUCUAUGGAGUCCAACAGUGCGGAUUUUGAUAUUGCUUUGCGGAUGUAUAUGGAAGAGGAAGGAAUGUUUGAUUCUGAUCUCUCACCAUCCGGUGGCUUGCACUGUUUCCCAUCAUCCAGUGCCAUUUUCAAUAAUGACCAGAGCAGGAUUGAAGAAGAACGUUUCUCCUUGGAGGAUUUUGAUUACCUACAGUCUGAUGACUUGUUUGAUGAUGAAAAUGAGUGGCAACGUCAAUUCGUAAACACCAUUGAUGACGAAAUGGAAUUCUAUGGUGCUCUGUUUCAUAAUCCAGAUGAACGUACCAAUGCAGAAGCUGAGUACAGGGACAAUGCAUGGCAUGAUCAAAUUGUUCAUAUGUCUGAUGGGACUUGCCAUGGCCAUUCGGAAGGACUCAAUCAGAGGCGAAUGGAAACUGGGGUUCAUCAUGAUGAGGUCCUGAUAAUGGAUUCUGGGGUUGAAUCAGCGACAGUUACAGCCUAUGAGAUCAAUUGUCUUGAACUGGUCCAGGAGGAAAGGUCUGUUAACUCAAGAGCAUGCAAAUCUGAAUAUAAGCCAAUAUCCCACAAGUCAGCGGUGCUGAGGCAUCCUAGAAGAGUCCAAUUGCAGGAUAAAUCUUUAGGGAAAGCAGUGUCCAGAGACAAGACAAGAGAGAGUGGCAUACGUGGUCCUGCUGUUCAACCUAUCCAAGACAAGAAAUCCAUCCUGCAGGCUAACGAAGGCCCUAAAAUGGAUAGGGACAGGAAUACAAAAUUGAUUGUGAACUGGAGAUCUGAAGGAUCAUCUGGAAGCAGUAGAAAAAAUUCUUUCAAUUUCGUGGAGAUGUCCCAGCUAAGCUGCAAAGCAGAUCCAGCAUUAGGAGUUGCAGACUCAGUUUUUAGUUCUAGACCUGUGGUAUUUUGUUCAUGGAGGUUUGGGUUUCAUGAUCUCGCUUUACCCUUGGUUCUACAACCUAUGAAACCUGUAAAAUCCCAGGAUAACUCAACAAGUGAUGAGACCUUCCUCUCCAAACACAUGGAAGUAAUUGCAUGCCAUGAUGCCAAUGGAAGAAUGUCUAAAACUGAUAUUAUCAUGGCUUAAAGGGGAACAUAGAAGGACCAACAAAAGCAAAGACAGGGAAAGCGCUGAAUGAUGAUAGUGAAACAGAGAAAUCAGAUCAGAAUAGAAAGAUAUGGGGGUUGCAAGGUCCACCGUUGCACUUGCCUAGGAACUUCGCAAACAUUGAAUUUGAUGAAAAAUUAUUAUUACUAGGAAAGGAAAAAAAAAUGUAAGCCUAUGGAAUCACUCCAAGUUGGCCAGUCGUGAAAUUGGAAAAGAAAAUUUAAAAACAGGGUUUUUUUUUUUUUUUUUUUGGGUGGGGUGGGGGGCAUUCAGUUGGAACCUUAUGCCCAAAGGCACAGUUAGGGUAGUUUCGGAGGAGCUUUCUCACAGUCUUACUGCACUGUUACAUAAAAUCCAGUCCUUAGCUCACUUCCUUGUCUUUGCCGCAAAGUUUUACCAUUAAAUUAUCAUUGUGACAGUACCUUCCCUUUAUUUGUCUUCUUGUUUCAUCAUUUGUUUGAUUAUGUCUAUCUUGUUUCUUCCAACACUCGGAAUGAAAUGAGGAAAACAAAAGGUACCGAAUAAUUCAGCCAAGUACCACUUGUGGAACAAAAAAGCACUCGGCAUAAAGGGGUACAUAUUCAAUCCAACAGAUUUCCUACUCCAUUACAAUCGACGGAACAAAAACCUCCACCAAGAUUCUCUGGUCCAAGCUAUCCCUAAAGUGCAAGGUAUCAGCGGAUUAAAGCCUUGGGAAUUACCAUGUUCAAGUAUUUUUUUUUUUUAUAUUACAUCAUGUUUAUCUAGUUUCAGACACCCUCCAUUUACGAAUGUUCUUUCCAUUUGUUUUGUGGGACAUUUGAGUAUACACGGAUGAUCAUUACCCGUAUCAAGAGGACAAACAAAGAAGGAAAUAAAAGGACUUUGGUAGUAACAAUUACAAAAGCAAGACCUAUCCGAUCAUGCAUGAAUAUGAGCGCACUGCUACAAUUCCUGGACAGAGAACUUAUAUUCUGCGUAAAUUAAAGAGAAAGUAUGGAAAGGUUGAGGUUUCAUGCAUCGAAAGUGGUCAAUCAAAUCAAUAUUUGCUUCCUAACUUGGGAAAUUAUAUUGCAAAUAAUGGAAUUCAAGCUCAGGCCGCUAGAUGCCAUACGUAUGAGUUAGAUCCUAAUCAGAUAUUGGCAGAGCUUAAAGUUAUUAAUGGCCAUGAGGGGUUCGAAUAUCAAUCUACGGAGUCGUGGAAUUCACAUCUUGUUGGUGAUUUUCCAAAGAACCAGCGCUCCCAUUUGCCUUUCAAUUCUGGAAACCACAUUGCUGGAAAGGCAACUCCAAACUUACUGAUGAGGUACCUCAAGAUCAAUCAGGCACCAAUGAAAAAGGCAUAUAAUUUCGGAACUUGGUUGCUGCUGAUGAAAGAAACAAUCAAAGUAAACUGGUUGCUGAGAAUGAUGGAUCGAGAAUGCCUUCUAAUUCCAAAAUUGGUUCUGCAGAGGAUUCAGUCCGAAUAGACUCAUCAAAUUUGGGUGGAGAUUAUUCAACGGAUGAAGUGUUUGCAGAAUUAGAAGAGCUUUCAGAAGUCCAAGGAAACAGGUUUGGGCAAUUGUUUGAUGAUUGGAUUUCAUUUGAGGAAGAAAUACCCAGUUUUUGUAGCAAUUCCAACGAAGAACAAAAUCUAACAGCCAUUAAUGGUAGCUUUAGCUUCUCAUUUACCAUGAAUACAUCCAGAAAAAGGUCACGCACUGAGGACAUGUAGUGUCUCGCUCAAUACCUCAUUUGUAAUAUGGGAAGUCUUUAGAAGCAGUAAAACAAAAGUAUUUCAAGGCAACUCUUUGCCAGCACGACCAACCUUUGUAGAAGCCCCUUGGGCACUCUCCUUCGGAGUCGGUUUUGAUUGCUUUGAAUCUCUUGUUUUUUGUUUUGGUUGUUUUUAUGCAGUUCUUUUACUGCUUUUUGGUAUGCUUCUCUAAAUGUAAAGCUCUCUCUGUAAUUGCAAAACUGUUGUUGCACCUAAUAUUAUUCAAUAUGUCGUAACAUUAUGAGUAACAAUAUCAGUUCGUAAGUA